ACUGAAUGUGAAGAAAGGCUUAUCAUGAUUGAUAAUCUGACUCCCUUGAGUACGAGCAUCCAUCAGAUAUGGAGUACGGCCAGGACACCCUCAGAGCACGUUUCUGCCAUGCGCUCUCGGAGAUGUACAAGAGCGAAGUCCCUCUCUAUGGGGAUCUAGUAGAUCUGGUUUGGAAAGCAGAUGCGGAAGCUGUCAGGGCUAGUCAGGCGCACAGUGGCCCUAACGUUAUUAAUCCCGAUGAUGUGUUACCUUCGAGACACCGCGUGGAAAGACACGGCGCUAUCCGGCUGGGAACAGCACACGAGCUUGCGACUAUCCGGCGCAUGUUUGCAGUCAUGGGCAUGUUCCCGGUGGGGUACUAUGAUCUGAGCAUUGCCGGGUUCCCGAUGCAUGCGACUGCUUUCCGACCGAAGAGUCGAGAGGCAUUAGCGAGGCAUCCGUUCAGAGUGUUUACGACGGUGCUGCGCAUGGAGUUACUAACUGAGAGAACGCGUGAUCUGGUGAAGGAAGCCUUGAAGCAGAGAAAUAUCUUCAGUGAUCGUUUGAUUCACUUGAUUGAGGAGGCCGAGAUGCAAGGUCAGCUCCAGACCAAGAUGUAUGAGGAGUUUAUCAAAGAGGGGUUGGAGACGUUCCGAUGGCAUUCACAGGCUACGGUCACAAUGGAAGAGUAUCAAAUUCUUAAAGCUGAGCACCCGCUGAUCGCGGAUAUUGUCUCGUUUCCGAGCUGCCAUAUCAAUCAUCUAACUCCGCGAACAAUCGACAUCGACCUGGUACAGAAAAUGAUGCAGGACCACGGUAUGCCGGCUAAAGAGCGGAUUGAGGGCCCUCCACGUCGAGUAUGCCCGAUUCUCUUACGCCAAACGAGCUUUAAAGCUUUGGAGGAGACAGUGUACUUCCAGGAUUCGCUCGGUCAGUUCGUUAAGGGAUCUCACACAGCGCGGUUUGGAGAAGUUGAGCAGCGUGGGUAUGCCCUCACACGACAAGGUCGACAGCUAUAUGAUCGGAUUCUGGCACGUGUGAAUACAGAGGCAGCAGAGAAAGAGGCAGACUUUGCCCAGUACGAUGAGAUCUUGACAAAACACUUCAAAGAAUUCCCCGAUAGUAUGCAUGAACUGUGGGAGCAGAAGCUUGCAUACUUCUGCUUUAAACUGAACACUGAGGGUGAAAAGAGCUUGGAAUCCCGCAAGGUAUAUUCUAUGACACUGAAGCAAUUACUGGACGAUAAGAUUCUAGAAUACGAGCCCAUCACAUACGAGGACUUCCUUCCACUAUCAGCGGGGGGGAUUUUCAACUCUAACCUUGGAAAAACACCUAAAGCGAAACGAUUGAUGAUGGAUGCGGACGCAGACUUAGACGGGUUCCAGCGUAUGCUCGGGGCCUCCAUCACUGACGAGUUUUAUUUAUAUGAGCAGAGGCAGUAUAACAGCCUCGAGAGCUGUCGGGCACAGCUAGGGCUGGAUUCUUUGGUUUGGUAAUGGGGUCCUUGAUGUCUCGAAUUUAUUGAAUUAUAUACGCCAAUUGCUUUUGAUAUGUAACGAAACAAGCAUAAGACAUAGUACAACACAGCAUAACUAAAGUUGCCCCAGC